UCCACGCCACGUCACCUAGUGCUGGUACUGGGACUGCAAAGCUUAGUUUAGAUUCCAGUGUUGUUCUAGUAAUCUAUUAGGAAGAUCAGAUCACCUUAGUUAGAAAAGGAACUCGCUCAGCAGUAUCUAACAGAAGAAGUGCACAAUAUAAGAAGUUGCUCUGAUUCAAGCAGAGACCAGCUCUAGUAUUACCAAAAGUUUGAUCUGGAGGCUCAUUUGGCGAGCAGUGCUGCAGUUUUCUGAUUAACAGAGAUUGUAUAAGUGCAAUUCCACUGAGAGCAAGGAGAAAAGGCUAUUUCUUAACUAUAAGAAAAGAACAUCCGAUGGAAAGGAGGCAGUGAAUAAACUGGUGAAAGAAGAGUAACAUCCCGCCUCUGAGAAAGUGUCUAUCAAGAACUUCUGUAGGCAUCUUCCUUCUCAAGAUAAUUUAACGAUUUUCCUUCAGACUCAUUUCAGGACGUUCUUGGGAUACCAUGAAUAUAUUUCGGAUCCUGGGGGAUGUCUCUCACCUCUUAGCUAUGAUCAUAUUGCUGAUGAAGAUCUGGAGAUCAAAGUCUUGCGCUGGUAUCUCAGGGAAAAGCCAGAUUCUAUUUGCACUUGUUUUCACAACCCGUUACCUUGACCUCUUCACAAACUUCAUCUCCAUCUAUAAUACUGUCAUGAAGGUUGUUUUCUUAAUUUGCGCCUAUGCUACUGUUUAUAUGAUCUAUGGGAAAUUCCGGAAAACCUUUGACAGUGAGAAUGAUUCCUUUCGUCUUGAAUUUCUUUUGGUCCCUGUCACAGGACUCUCAUUUUUAGAAAACUACAAUUUCACUCCUUUAGAGAUCCUUUGGACUUUCUCGAUCUACCUGGAAUCAGUGGCUAUACUUCCACAACUUUUCAUGAUUAGCAAAACAGGUGAAGCCGAGACAAUCACUACACACUAUCUUUUCUUCUUGGGCCUCUAUCGUGCUCUCUAUCUUGCAAACUGGAUCUGGCGUUACCACACAGAAAACUUCUAUGAUCAAAUUGCUGUGGUUUCUGGAGUCGUACAAACCAUCUUCUACUGUGACUUUUUUUAUCUCUACGUCACUAAAGUAUUAAAAGGAAAGAAGCUGAGUCUCCCAGUGCCUAUCUGAAGAUGUGCACACAAGCCAAGCUCUCAAAGACCCCAGACUGCAGGGUGUUUUCUGCUCUUCUGCCAUACAGCUCCUCAGCUCAGCAUUCAGAAAACCUACCUGUUUCUCUACACACUGUGAUUAGCAAACUUCAGACUGUGCUUGAGAGACUGAAGUGUGGAUAGUAACACUUCUGGCUUAAAUUUCUUAACUAUUCAGUGUUGAGCAAGACUUGAGCAAUAUUUGCAUCUUUUGUAUUGGAAUAUUCUUUUGGUAACUGAAUUCUGCUUGUAACAAAUAAAAUAGUGCAAACCUUUUUAACUUCUUCAACACUGAUGCA